CUGCGCGGCGGGGCGAUGAGCGGCGCCCGGGCCCCGGGCCCGGAGGCCGGCGCCGCCGGGGCCGAACCCCCCGGCGCGGCACUGAGCGUGGACGUGGCGGGGCUGCUGGUGCAGCUGGCGCGCAGCUUCGCGCUGCUGCUGCCGGUGUACGCGCUGGGCUACCUGGGCCUGAGCUUCAGCUGGGUGCUGCUGGCGCUCGGGCUGCUCGUGUGGUGCCGCAGGAGCCGCGGCCUCAAGGCCACCCGUCUGUGCCGCGCGCUGGCGCUGCUGGAGGACGAGGAGCGCGCCGUGCGCCUGGGGGUGCGCGCCUGCGACCUGCCGGCCUGGGUUCAUUUUCCAGACACUGAAAGAGCAGAAUGGCUAAAUAAGACUGUAAAACACAUGUGGCCUUUCAUUUGCCAAUUUAUAGAGAAGUUAUUUCGAGAAACCAUAGAGCCGGCUGUGCGGGGAGCACACACCCACCUCAGCACCUUCAGCUUCACGAGGGUUGACGUGGGGCAGCAGCCCCUCAGGAUCAAUGGUGUUAAGGUGUAUACUGAAAAUGUGGACAAAAGGCAAAUUAUUUUGGACCUUCAGAUUAGUUUUGUAGGAAAUUGUGAGAUUGAUUUGGAGAUCAAGCGAUAUUUUUGUAGAGCUGGUGUGCAAAGUAUACAGAUUCAUGGUACAAUGCGGGUGAUCCUGGAACCACUGAUUGGAGACAUGCCCUUAGUGGGAGCUUUGUCUAUCUUCUUCCUUAGGAAGCCACUUUUAGAAAUUAAUUGGACAGGACUGACUAAUCUUCUCGAUAUCCCCGGAUUGAAUGGUUUGUCAGAUACUAUCAUUUUGGACAUAAUAUCAAACUACCUGGUGCUUCCCAACCGAAUCACAGUUCCUCUUGUCAGCGAAGUUCAAAUAGCACAGUUGCGGUUUCCUAUACCAAAGGGUGUCCUGAGGAUACACUUUAUUGAAGCUCAGGAUCUUCAGGGAAAAGACACUUACCUUAAGGGACUUAUCAAGGGGAAGUCAGACCCCUAUGGAGUGAUUCGAGUUGGCAACCAAAUCUUCCAAAGCAAGGUCAUCAAGGAGAACCUCAGUCCAAAGUGGAACGAGGUGUACGAGGCUCUGGUCUAUGAACAUCCCGGACAAGAAUUAGAGAUCGAGCUCUUUGACGAAGACCCAGACAAGGACGACUUCCUCGGAAGUCUUAUGAUUGAUCUUAUUGAAGUUGAAAAGGAGCGCCUUUUAGAUGAAUGGUUCACCCUGGACGAGGUCCUCAGAGGAAAGCUGCACUUGAAACUGGAGUGGCUCACGCUCAUGCCAGACGCUUCAAACCUCGAGAAGGUGCUGACAGACAUCAGAGCUGACAAAGAUCAAGCCAAUGACGGGCUGUCCUCCUCGCUGCUCGUCUUGUACUUGGACUCAGCCAGGAACCUCCCGAGUAUCUACGAGGGAAACUUUGGGUGUGGCUACUUAAAAGAGAGGCGAGCGUCGGGACUAGUGUUUUGUGAAAAUACUGCCUCAGUCUGUAGAGCACUAUUUAGUAACCCAUUAGAAUUUAACCCUGAUGUCUUGAAGAAGGCUGCAAUUCAGAAAGCUUUAAAGUCAGGGAAGAAAAUAAACAGCAACCCAAAUCCUCUUGUCCAAAUGUCAGUUGGUCACAAGGCCCAGGAGAGCAAGAUUCGGUACAAAACCAAUGAACCUGUGUGGGAGGAAAACUUCACUUUCUUCGUUCACAAUCCCAAGCGCCAGGAGCUCGAGGUGGAGGUGAAAGAUGAGCAGCACCAGUGUUGCCUGGGGAACCUGAGGAUCCCUCUCAGCCAGCUGCUCGCCUGCGAGGACAUGACCCUGAACCAGCGGUUCCAGCUCAGUAACUCAGGCCCCAACAGCUCACUGAAGAUGAAGCUCGCCCUCAGGGUACUCCACCUUGAAAAGCAAGAAAGGUCUCCAGACCACCAGCACUCAGCUCAAGUAAAGCGACCCUCUGUUUCCAAGGAAGGGAGAAAAAUAUCUGUCAGAUCUCAGAUGUCUGCAUCGCCAGGCACUGCUGACAGCAGCACAGCCCCAUCCACGCCGGUCAUGGGGGGCUGCGAUAAUAAGCCAGGUGUGGAAGAGAGAGCCCAACCCGCAGAGGCCAGCCCGCAGGGUCCGCGGGACCUGGGCAGAAGCUCCUCCAGCCUCCAGGCCGGCAGCACCGGCUCCCCCAGCCACGUCUCCGUCAAGGAGCCCACCCCAAGCAUCGCCUCAGACAUCUCGCUGCCCGUCGCCACACAGGAGCUGCGACAGAGGCUGCGGCAGCUUGAGAAUGGGACGACCCUGGGACAGUCCCCGCUGGGGCAGAUCCAGCUGACCGUCCGGCACAGCUCGCAGAGGAACAAGCUGGUGGUGGUCGUGCACUCCUGCAGAAAUCUCAUUGCCUUCUCUGAAGACGGCUCUGAUCCCUACGUCCGCCUGUAUUUGUUACCAGACAAGAGGAGGUCAGGAAGGAGAAAAACACACGUGUCAAAGAAAACGCUGAACCCCGUGUUUGAUCAGAGCUUUGAUUUCAGUGUCUCGUUGCCGGACGUGCAGAGGAGAACCUUGGACGUGGCCGUGAAGAACAGCGGUGGCUUCCUGUCCAAAGACAAAGGGCUUCUCGGCAAAGUACGACCUCACGGAGGAUGGGACGAGGCCCCACGUGGUGACGUAGGCUGCGCUGGCCGAGGAGCCCCCGCUGUAUCCGCCAGCCCCGUGCCGACACGCAGCCCACACAGACGCACCCAUGCUCUUUUUAUAAUUUCAUGUACUUGGUUACUUGUCCCUUAGUGGUUUUAUAAAACAUUGACGUUUUAGGCAUAUUUGGCCAUUAUUAGCAUUAAGUUUUGUAUGUUUAAUUUCCUCUAGUAUUUGACCAGUUUUUUCGGCGUGCAUAGGAUAGUGGUCAACCGUUGUGUGCAUAAAGCUGUAUGUCAGUUGUCUCUCCUAGGAAGCCGAUAUAUGGUUGUGCUUUUUUAUUGCUUUGUUUUGUAUAUCACUGAGGUGCACUAUGCUGUGUAAAUAGACUAUUUUUUAUAAUCUCUACAUGCUGGUUUGAAUUCAGAAGAAAAUGGAUCAAGGAAAUAUAUAUUUUUUUUCUUCUAAAACUUAUUAAAUUCUUAUGACAAAUAACCGUUUUUGUCUCUGCAGGAAAAAGCUCUCAGUGACCUAUUUUUUGGUGUUUCUUUUUAAAAAGAAAAGCUGAAAGAUUAGUAAAUAUUAGUAUAUUUCUGCCCAUUAUGAAUGAUGAAAGAAUGUAUUCAAAGUAUUUACACUUUCAUAAAUAUAAAGAUGUAUUAUUGAGAAGUCAGUUGAAGUGCUUAUCAGGAAAAAUGUCACAUAACUGAGUUAUAUAAAAUAUUAAGAGAGUUGUCAUGGUUCAUAAAUCAUAGUGCACUAAUCUGAAAUUUCUUACAUAAAAUGGAAUGUCUUAAGUUUAUUUCUAGUUGCUUGUUGUAACUUAUUCAUGAAACAGUGCAGAUACAUAAUCAUACUUUUCCUGAAAUGUAAUACAGACGGAUUUUAAAUGUUAGCAGUUAGUCUGUUGUGAAAUUUACAGUGUUUUUCAGCCCGAAAAGAAAGACAAACUCACGUUGUCCCCGUAGAGGCUGUGAGGUAGGUCGGGGUGAGUAGCUAGGAAGUCGCGGCGGGAGCCGACGCCGGCCCGUGAUCGUCAGCGUGAGGCACACAGAGGACAGAGCCCCCGAGCCGGCGCCAGCCACCACCGCAGCCCCGGGGUUCCGGCACAGCGGCUGCUGGUUGUAAAGAACCCCUUACUGGGUUUCCUCACUUUAUGCCAUGACUGACCUCAGUAUUGGAAUAUUGUUAUACAACUUUUAUUUGGAAAUAUUUUUCUUCUUAGAUUAUGAAAAGCAUGUUUUAGAUACUUAAAGGCUGCAAGCCUCUUACAAGGUGAGGCUCCAUAGCCGUGCGGCAGCUGUGCAUGCCCCGAGCACAGGGUGCACGUGUGCAGAAAGAGCUUUAAGGAUUCUGAGACGUGUGGUGCAAAUGACUUCCUUAGCCAGAGGGCACCCUACAGCUACGUAGUAAUCCCGGGGAAAAUAGAGCUGUGAGAUUGAGUCAGAGACCUCACUAGGGCCCCCGCCAUGGACUCCUGGGCGUGACCGGCCUGCCCAAGUGCCUGUGUGGACGCCACCGCUGCUCCUGCCCUCUGGCGGGUUUCAGUGGUGUCCACCGCACACCUUGAACCCUGGGUGUGCGUGUGAUGGGGCCUGUAGCCUUGCGGUACGUCUCAUGCAGUCGUGCAGACCCGGUGCUCUCGCAGCUUCCUGGGUCAUGAAGCUUCUCCGAAGCCCCAGCAGAGACCAUCUCCUCUGUCGGCGCGGGAGGGCCUUACGAACGUGGUGACACUCAGGGGUGUGUGCUCGGGAAACACCUAACUCUGGUACUGCAGCAGCGUGAGGAAGACAGGUAAUUCCUAAAUCUAAUUGCCUGCCCGUGAUACUAGAUCUUUGGAGAUUUUUUAAAAAUUAGGUUUGUUGUGGGAAUUCCCUGGUGGUCCAGUGGUUAGGACUCGACGCUCUCACUGCCAGGGGCCCGGGUUCGAUCCCUGGCUGGGGAACUAAGAUCCCACAAACCACGCGGUGCAGCCAAAAAAAAAAAAAAAAAGUUUGUUGCAGGGCUUCUGGCAGUGGUCCCCAGCCUUUUCGGCACCAGGGACCGGUUUCGUGGAAGACAGUUUUUCCAUGGACUGGGGGUGGGGUGGGGGAAGAUGGCUCGGGCGGUAACGCCAGCGAUGGGGAGCGACGGGGAGCGGCAGGAGAAGCUUCGCUCGCUCGCCCGCCGCUCGCCUCCUGCUGUGAGGCCAGGCUCCUAACCGGUCCUCCUGCCCGGGGUUGGGGACCCCUGGCUCCUGGCAUAUUUCUAAGACAGGAGAAACACUCACUGAAAUGUAGCAUACCAGUGAUUUCUACCAACAUCCCCAGCUUUUGGGUUUUGUAGCCACGUGGUUCACCUGUUCAAUGUGUAUUUUACAUGGUGGAAUACUUCAGUUAAGCAAUUAGGCAAAAUAAAUGCCGUGAAAGGUACAAAACCCAAACAAAGCCAAUUAGCAGCAUGAUGUCCACCCUCUGUGUGGAUCGUGGGGCUGGACACAGACCCAGCAAACAGCUCCAUUCUCUUUGAAAGGAAAGCGAUGACUCUGAGGUCACUGAAACGCCUCCCAGGUGGGAUUCUGUCUUGAUGGCCGAUGGGUGUUUUGGGAACCUCUUGUGUCCAGUUGGGCAGCUGAGAAUCAGUAUCAGGCCAGACCUCCGCCGGGCUCCAGGAUCCUGGCGAUGGACACUCCGUUCUCAAAACCUUCAUGGCCGGUGGUUCUGAAUAAUUGAUUCAUCUGGGAAAAGGGAACUUUAGCUUUUCUACCAGGAGCCAAACCAAUGGAGGGGAAAUUAGCGUUGGUUAAUUUGAAUUGUUACUUUGUUGCUUAUCCUGUGCCUUAAAGUAGGAAGUGUGAGGCAGUUGCUUCAGGUUAAAACAGAAGGAGCCUUGCAGCUGAAUUCACCACAGUUUCUUCCUUAUCCAGAGGUCAGCCCUCCUUUGUCAAGCACUGAAGCCAGAUGCAGUCAGCGUGUGUGUUUAUAUUGUGGUUGUUGCUUUAACUCCAGUCCAGCUGGAUGGCCUGCUGUGGAUGGAACACAGCAGAAGGUUUAUUGUAGAAUGCCCUUUCCACUCAGCUAAUUUUACACGACAGUGCAUGUGUUUAUUCAAUAAAACGUUUCUGUUAGCUCA